AUGCGCCUUGCAUCGACCGAGAAAGAUCCCGCCUUCAACGUGGACAAGGAGAUAGCUUUGAGGGUCCUUACUACCCAGCACGAGCGCCAGCAGAACGCCGAGAUCAGCUUUCUUUCUUGUUUUAGAGGUACUGAUCUUCGACGUACGCUGAUCGUGAUGGGUUGCUACUGUAUCACUGUGCUUUCUGGCAGUACCGUGAGGGCAUAUGCUACAUACUUCUUCCAACAAGCUGGGCUGGACACGGAACAGAGCUUCAACAUGUCGAUUGGGUUGUACGCGCUUGGGCUUCUUGGUCUGCUUGGCACGUGGCUACUCAUGCCGUACUUUGGUCGACGCACGAUCUUCUUCUGGGGCCAAGCAGUGCAGACAGUCCUGCUACUGAUCGUUGGUGGUCUUGGCGUAGCUCAACGCCACGCUUCGAAGUCAGACAGCAGUCUGGCCUGGGCGAUCGGUCUAUUGCUUCUUCUGUCUUCCUUCGUCGCCAAUCUCGCCAUCUCGCCAAUUCUGUACGCCCUGGUUUCAGAAAUACCAUCAUCACUGCUGAGGAACAAAUCAGUCGUCCUAGCACGUUUCAGCUAUGCGGUACUCAACGUCGUCGCCAAUGUGAUCACACCAUACCAGCUCAAUCCGUCAGCUUGGAAUUGGAGAGCAUCCGCAGAUCUGUUUUGGGCCGGAGCUUGUCUGCUGGGAACAGUCUUCACAUACUUCUCCGUGCCCGAACCAAAAGAUCGUACGAUCGCCGAGCUUGAUCUACUGUUUGAGAGGGGCGUGUCGGCAAGGGAGUUUGCCGACACGGAGGUGUCGGUUCGCGACAUCGUUGAUGGGGCUGAGAAGCUUGAGUAA